GCUAUGGAACUUCGGAAAGUGCGUACCAUCGUUGGCGUGACUUUGCUCAUCCUUAUUACUGUUAAAUAUUCUGUUAAAGGCCUCAAGUUCACGAUAUCCGGGACUGGCCCCAUAGCCGUGCUUGACGUACCAUACACAUUGGUCUGUAGAGCCGGGGUCUGGACUUCACCGUACGUUUUUAUAGGAAUGGACAACAGAUGGCGGGACUUUACCAACUGGCGUCCAGGUUUUACUGUGACUAUGAGGCAUAUCUGAUAGGUUAUAAACCAUCAUGUGAUUCAUUUGAAGGGAGAGCCUCCAACCCAGACAGCAUGAAAUACAUGGUGAAGUUCCAAGUCAAACAGGAGGAUCUGGGAGUCUGGUGGUGUGCUCCAGAUGAAAAAACAAAACACACCAACACGUUCACGUUGAAGCUUCACAGCCUCAAGUUCACGAUAUCCGGAACUUGCCCCAUAGGAGUCCUUCGCUUCGAAUACACAAUGGUCUGUACAGUGGAUGGGGCCAGUGGUGUCGGCUUUGACGUGCUUUUUUACAGGCGUGGCCUGGAGAUGGCGAAAUUUUCACAUGUGUCGUACGGUUCGUACUGUGUUGUGAUCUUCAGUCGAUACGAGUACACGCCGUCAUGUGGAGCCGCUCACCGAACUGACUCCAAGCCAGACCGCGUACAAUAUCUGUUGAAGUUCCUUGUCAAGAAGGAGGAUGUUGGAGACUGGUGGUGUGCUCAAAGUCAACACAAGAAACCCACCAACACGUUCACCCUGAAGCUCCACAUAGGAGGAAAGGCGGAGGCAGCGUCUAGUGCUCGGCGCAGUUCGACGUGUGUGGCGCUCACCAUCCUCCUCCCGAUUGCCUGUCAACUCAUCAAUGGUGUGGCUUUCAAACGUUAAAGUGAUUUUCUUGGUUACAGCGAACAUUUUAGUUUUGUUCUACAAAUAGGAUUGUCCUCUCGAUCAUUUGGGCAAUAACUUCUGAAAUUCUUCACCGGAAUGGUUUGUUCUACAACUUAGAAUUGUCCUUCAAUCAUUUGGGCAAUAUCUUCUGAAAUUCUUCACCGGAUCGGUCUGUUGUCCAACUCAGAAUUGUCCUUAGCAUUUGGGCAACAUCUUCUGAAACUCUUCACUAGACUGAACUUACCUUUGACACCCAAUAGCCGAUGUGUAUUUUUGUGCCAAGGUGUCGUUAAACAUACAUUCAUUCAUUCAUUCAUUCAUUCAUUCAUUCAUUCAUUCAUUCAUUCAUUCAUUCAUUCAUUCAUUCAUCAUCCAUCCAUUCAUUCAUUCAUUCAUUCACUGACUGGACUUGGAUGCUUGUGUUUAAAAUUAAGCAUCCAUCCAUCAUCCAUUUAUUCAUUCAUUCAUUCAUUCAUUCAUCCGUUCAUUCACUGGACUUGGAUGCUUGUGUUUAAAAUUAAGCAUCUAGUUGUGGGGUUUUUUUUCGUCCCCCUCAUUUGUCUAUAGGGCCGUAGCUAGCGGGGUGGGGGGGGGGGGGGGGGCAAGGAAACAAAUCCGGAAAAAAAAAUUAUUAAUAUAUUACCAUCAAAUUAUACAUGUAUAGAUUAAAUGUCAUUUUUAAUACAAGGGUGAAAACAAACUGCUAUAACAGCCAAUGUAUGCAGCUUCACUUGCAAUGCCACUGAAGUAAUCAAUAAUACAGCAUACGGAGACCAAAUGUAGAACUGCUUGUGCUUUAAAUCGGCCUCGGUGGUGGUGUGCUUAAAUCAUCGGAUAUAAGGAUGGAAGGUACAGGGUUUGCAGCCCAGUACCGGCUCUCACCCAGAGUGAGUUUUAACGACUCAAUGGGUAGGUGUAAGACCACUACACCUUCUUCUCUCUCACUAACCACUAACAAUUAACCCAUUGUCCUGGACAGACAGAUCAGGUAGCGGAGGUAUGUGCCCAAGACGGCGUGCUUGGAGAAUGAAAUGUGCUUUAAUAUUGCUGUUCCAUCAGUUUCCUUCGUACCUAGAUAAAAAAGAUUUAACCUCUUUAAUGUGAUGGUGAUUUGUAAAGAAACCUUUUUAUUUACAUUGAAAGUUUUGUCAAAAAAAAGUUAUUUGAGUUGAUAUGGGUUUAAAACUUAAUAGUAUAUCUUUAUAUGAAUUUUAAUUUGAUUCAUUACAGAGUUACAUCCAUCGAUUUAUCGGUUCCCUUUUGACGCAAACGGACUGUAAAGGAAGUAAGAUGUAACUAAUGUAUACGACAAGGAAGGAAUACCACGUGUGGUUUAGUUCCGAUAACAUCUAGCUCGAGUCGCCUCUUGCCCUCCCCUUAUUGAUAUGGUAUCAAUAUGUCAAUAAGGGGAGGGCUAGAGGUGACUCGAGCUAGAUAACAUUGGUAUUGGCUUUUAGUAAUACACGCUACGUAAUACACGCUACUAUAUUUUGUGUUGCUAAAACGCAGGUAAUAGUUGUUUUAGUUAAUUACAAUCGAAAUUUUAUCUCAAUGUAAAUAUUUUAUUGAUCUUCGCUCUCGUACAACGUAAACCAAGAUUAACUCACCUCCAACAUUUUAAACUUAUAUCUUUAUCCUGAAUCUUACAUGUACAUAUUUUGCUUUUUAUUCAGUUGCAAUAAAUUUUCUCCUUUUGU